AUGGCCCCACUUCCCCCUGCAUCACCAUUCACAGCUAGUACUGCCACCCUGCCUGACACCAGCUCAAGCAUACUGCCCACGGUCUCUCACACCCCUCAACUGGACACUACUUCCACUCCCCCUCCAGGCACCAUCUUGAACACACUGCCCGCCAUCUCUCACAUCCCUCAACCGGUCACUACUUCUGACCACCCUCCAGAUACCAGCUCAAGCGCCGAGUCACUCAUUAGCAAACUUCCUCUCAUUUUGACAACUCCUUCCUUUGAUGUGGAUCCAUUGGCACCUACCCCAGGAAGUGACCAUCUUGAUGACAUAGACAUCAAUGAUGGAACAGUGCUUGAAACACGCAGGACCAAGCACAUCCCCAAGCCAUCAACAUGCAAUGAUGCCGCAAACAUGAUCAGUGCUUCUCAGAAGGAAAACAAGCGCCCCCGGGCUGAGAUGUCUUCAGACCACGCAUCCAAGAGGGCAAAAGUGUGA